AACCAAACACAAGCAGAGCGACGCACAGACAAAGGGAGAAGACAUGUCUUCAUCCGCUGUCUGCUCAGUCUCUGAACGCUGACUUCUUUAUAUCCUCUCCAUAUCUGGCGUUUAGUUUUUAAUAUCAGUAGGACUUUCAUGAAGGGACGAGCGGUGGAUUAACGGUGGUCCAGGUGGGAAAAUGGUUCCAAUCAAGGUCCUCAUUUUGGGAGCUCAAAACACCGGGAAAACAGCGCUGUGCGUCCGUUUCAUAACCAAGCGCUUUAUUGGCGAAUACGACCAUAAAAAGGAGGUGACAUACAGAUGCAGUCGGGUGGUGGACCAGGAAACCGUUGAUCUGGAGAUUUUGGACAUAGCUUAUAAGGAGAGCUCUCUGGAGUCAUCCAUCCGCUGGGCUGACGGGUUCCUGCUGCUCUACUCAAUCACGCACCGCCUCAGCUUCCUGGAGGUCCCACGGAUCAAAACGCUCAUCGACCAAACUAAACAGAGCCUGGUUGUUCCUGCGCUGCUGGUAGCCAACAAGGCCGACUUGGAGAUCGGAAGGGAGGUGACAACGGAGGAAGGACAGAGACUCGCCAAGGAUUUAAGGUGUGGUUUCAGGGAGUUGUCAGUGGCCGAAGCAGUUCUGGCAGUGGAAACAGCGGUGCUUCAGCUCAUUAGGCUGGUGUUGGAUCAGCAGCGCCCUCUGCCUGACCGACGCUCCUACAUGCUGAGUGUUCGCCACGCUCUGACCAGGAAACUAACCCGAUCUAAGACCAUGCAGUGGUGACCACCCCUUCUAUUUUUUCUUUAUCAGGACUCACCAAUAAAAUAAUGGUAUGUGUGGAAGAAAAUGAAACGCUGAAGGCAGUGAUGGUUCGGCCUUUUUUGUAGCUUUAUCCUGCAGUGUCUUGAGGCUUGGAUUUAAAAAAAUAAAAAAUAAAAAUCCUUCAGAAGGUAUGAGGUACGACUUUGGCCUACUGCACAAUUCCAACUCAGCCGGUAAGAUAAACACAUGACAAGAAGGAGCAAUAACGUGUCAGCGUUUAAAGAGCUGGGGUGAGAUUCAAUAACAAUCACGUCCAAUCCUGUCAUCCUCUUUUUAAAGGCGGCAGACAGUUUAACGGGCCUGGAUGAGGGGGAUCGGGCCGUUAGUCAGAGAGGAAACUGAAUGGAUGACGUCCUUUACAGGCUGAAUUUAAAAUAUACAGUGAGUUAUUGUAGAAUAGUAAUAAUAUCUGGCACAUGAAUCACAAAGAAAUUAUGUUUGUCUUUUGACAGAAGCACGCAUUUAUCCACUUGAAUUUGUGGCGUCAUUUGCUAUUCGAUGUGUCCUCCAGUAGGGGGCGGUACAGUCAUUUGAUUCGGUGAACAGUCUGGCAAAUGGUCUAUUUGGCCAGAGGUGCUGUACUUGGCACGGAGGGGCCUUCACAACGACCUGACCUCAACUCAUUGAUUAGAUAAGUGACAUGCAAUAAAAAAACUUUGAAAAGAGAGAAUAGCUGCUACAGCACAGAGCUAAAAAUUUGAAGCAAUAUCACGGUUGGGUUCCCACAUACUUUUGCUCAUUCUGCCGCUAUUGUUUUUUAUAAUUUGUACUUUUCAUGUGUGAUUUAUAUGAGAGCACAAUAAUCCAUAAAGAGCUGCGAGUAAAGCGAUCACCCUCGGUGUGUGUAGAUGAUGUAACAGUAUGUAAAGUAUGUAUGAGGCUGGCUUUCAUUACAGGCUUUCUCCCCGUGCAUCUCCCUUUUCUCUGAACUUCUGAACUUUAUGAUCAACAAGCGAGGGAAAAAAAAGGCAAUCUGACUGGGAAGGGGGAAAAAAAACAGGGUUUCUCCUCUGGCAUCUCGGUAGAGAAAGCAGAGCUUAUGAGAGAACGGAUGUGUGCUGCAUCCCUGCACCAUGACCAUUUAUUAUACGUCGACGACUCCACCCAGCUACCAUUAACCAACCACCCAGAAAGCCCCGUGGUCCUCACAAACAAACACAGAGGUUGAGAAUGUGCAAUGUCGAUAGGGGUCGGCUCCUGCUUGUGCAAUCCAAUUUUCACGUUAAAAGACUGCAUGGAAAUAGAAGUCAUUAAAGUCAAAGUAUAAAUUGAUAUUCAUAACAGGACUCUGUGCCACAAUGAAUAUGCCUGAGCCUGUUAACUGGGUGAGAAGGAGUCAGAAAGCGUGAUGAUGUGAGGACUUAUAGUAAUAUUCUGGCGACGGCAGUGUGCCGGAAAGUGAACCCAUCACUGAGUCACACAAACAUACGCAAACUGCUCUGAUGCUGCUGCUGUUGCUGCUGCUGUUGCUGCUGCUCCUCUCCACUGUCAUGCCAACAAACCCGAGCGGGAUUAGGGAGGCAAAGGGAGGAGGGGGGAGGGGGGAAGAGUAGAGGCGGUGACAUCACAGCGGUCACCAAGGAGAUGAAAGGUCAGGACCCCGUGUCAACUCUAUGGCUCAGAAUAGAAGAUGAGUCAUACCUGCAUCAUUUGGGCGACGGCCAAUCGGAGGCUGCCUCUCGCAGCGUGCAUCAAGAGGUGAGCAGCCAAUCACGGGGCCGUUCAAACAAAAGGCUUUUAAGUGUGCGACCGAGGUCUUAGUCAGAUUUAACAGUUUAUAUACAAAGUAAGUUUACUGUUUCAUCCAGACCGUGUACCCCGCUCUCAGUCUGGUCCCUGGCCUAUGUGCUGUGACUAAGAGGUGAUGACCGCUUACUUUCCAUUUUAGAUGAUUUCUGUUUGAAUCAAAGAUUAAGUGGAAUUAAUGAUGUGAAUGCAUGAAACAACCUAAUAAAAACGGGGCAAGCCAGCGAAUUAACGUUACAUGAUUUGUGGUACAUCGUCGGGGCUGGUGCGCUCUUUAAAUGUGCAAUCAUUAAAGCUGCACAAAACAAUUAUCAAUUAACAAUUAUCCAGACCAAGGGCCGCAAAUUGGUGGAUAGAUUAAUUAGGGACCCCCUACCUACUAUAUGUGUUAGAUAUUAUGUUAAUGUGUAUUUAAAGAAAUUUAAAUUUGUGGGGGGAAAUUAAAAUAUAUAUAUGUAUACAAAAAAUGUCUAAUCAACCAAAGAUUUUGCCUUACAGUGUUUUAAGAUCAUUGUUUUGGUUUCACCAGCUUCAUUCCCAGCUGCCACAGACAGCUGUAUUUUCUUCCAAAAACCUCCUGUACAUUAACUUUAGAUCAAAUUAGCAACUAAUUCACAAACAUAGUUGAAAAUUUAAGAGCAAAAGAUUCGUCUCUAAGGCAUAGGUAUUCUACGGGGGAUCUGCGACCCCUAGAGUGUCUGUGGAGGUACUGCGGGGGGGUUGCAAAAUCUUUGGUUGAUUAGACAUUUAUAUGUAUAUAUAUGAGUAAAGGGACAAGGGAUAGCUUAAUAUUGAAUCCAAACUUAUGUAUUUCAGUUAUUUAUAUCAGUAGGGAGGUCUUUGGCCUGAAAAACGUCAAAGACCCCUGCUCUAAGGGAUCGGUGGGGACCAAAACUGAGCUCGAAGUAGAACAACGAGAACAUUUGCCUGUUGCUCCAUGUUUCCUUAAUAGGCAACUGUUUGAUGACAAUAUGUCAAGAUUAUACGGGGAUAAUUUGAUCACAACACAAUUGUACUUGAUGCGGCCACACGUGAGUGGACAAACUCACUGUGAUGUCACCCAUUGGAUUUUGAACCCUCGAAAAUGAAGCCUGAAGUGGGCGGAGCCCGCAGUCGUCACAUUGGAUGAGUUUUACUCCGCCCACACUCGGAUAUUCCAAAUAUGGACAAUGAGACCAAAGCUGUUUUUUUUUUUGUACCGGGCUGUAAACCUGUUUAAUAAUGCUGUAAAGUUGUUGUUUUUUUUAACAUGGGGGUCUAUGGGGAUUUGCUGGCUUUUGGAGCCUCAAGUGGCCACUCGGUGAACUACAGCUUUUUGCACCUCCGCCCUGGCUUCAUCACUCAGACCUGGAGGUUGCCGCUUGGUUAGGCAUGAAGAAUAGUAAUUGCAAUGUACUGUAAUUUUAACACCAUACUUGUGUUUGCGUAUAUUGCUGCAUAAAUGUUGACGUGCAUUAUCACCAUCCACACAAAUGUUAAUCUCCCCACAGAGCACCUAUUUGCUAGGUUUAGGUGGGAAUUACAAUAGCGAGCGAAAAGGUCACCGCAGUUAUACAACACCAGUGUGUGUGCGAGAGAAAUACAGAGACACUUUGUCCCUUGGGGCGUAAACUGAUAUGAGGAAGGAAGCAGAAGACUUAGAAAAGACAAGAAAGGAGAGAAAAGAUGGAAAAGGUAAAGGCAGGGAAAGAGAAAGAAUAACAGCCAAGUCUGGAGAGUGAGAAGAGAUAGCUGCCUAAGAAUCUAUUGUUUGAAUUAGAGCAAAAGAGAUCAAAAAGCUGAUGCUAAUCACUGUUGUCCAUUAUAAUAAGAAGUUCUGUCUCUUAACCUCCACCACACCCUCUGCAGUGACCUUAAUAUGAACAAUGCAGCCAGGAACCCUGCACACUGUUAUGUAGUGGAUGUGUUCUCACAGGCUUCAAAUCCAAACCAAGUGCUGGUUCCAAGCUGAAUCAAUUAGUUAUUCCAUGUGGCAUGUUUACAGCUCUGUGUGGUUGUUUAUGCACACUGCUGCUUUGCGCUAUGAGCUCAAGUUAGCUAAUUGCUCACAGUAACAAUAAUUAUAGUGUUAGCAUAACAAGGAAAUGCCUUUCACUUUCUCUGUAUUUUUUGUUUUUAGCAAAAUUUCAAUGUGAUUAAUUGAAUCCUGGCUUCAAGAGUGAGUGUGCACGCAUUCGUGGCAUCAUUCCGAUACCAGCACCUCUGUCACCCUUACAGACCUAUGUGUUGUGUGGCAAAAAUGCAAUAAAAUUGAGAUAAAUACA